CCUGCUGUCGCCUGUCACGACAGGGGCGGGGCUCUGGGGGCCGGUGUCACCUGUCACGACAGGGGCGGGGCUCUGGGGGCCGGUGUCACCUGUCACGACAGGGGCGGGGCUCUGGGGGCCGGGGUUCCAUCAGGAACAGCUUUUCCUGGAUGACACCAAAGUGAAGAACUUCAUCACCUGCUUCAAAGGAACAUCAAGGCCGGGAACAUCCUCCUGUCACCCCCUGGACUGGUCAAACUGGGUGACUUCAGCUCGGCCCCUGUGGCCUCCCCAGCCAAUUCCUUCGUGGGGACCCCUUACUGGUGUCCUGCAGGAAGCCAGGUUUUUUGGUGUUGAUUCACUAAUCAAACACCUGGAAAUAGCCAUGAAGCUGUUGAACAACAUUCCCAACAGAAUUCCCAGCCAGCUGAGGAUCACUGUCCCACCUCUCAGAAGGAGUUUGUCCGGUUCCUGCUGGCAACACCCCCCAAGUCCGAGCUGCGCUGUCAGUGACUCCUGUCUGUGCCAGUGUGCCAACCUGCCAGGGGUGAAGAUGCUGCGCUCCAGCGCAGAGGGAGCGUCCCUGAAAGGCUGCGACUCUGAGGACCCAUCAGGCCUUCAAGCUAAUCUGGAAGGUGCCAGCCUGAAAGGAGUGGCCAUGGAGGGCAGUCAGAUGACAGGAAUUACCCUCCGAGUUGCAACACUGAGAAACGCCAAACUAAAGAACUGCAACCUCAGGGGAGCAACGUUGGCAGGAACUGAUUGGGAAGUUGUGACCUCCAGGAGGCCAAUUUGAGGGGCUCUGAUGUGAAAGGAGCCAUCUUUGAAGAGAUGCUGACCCCCCUGCACAUGUCCCAGAGCGUCAGAUAGGGAAGAGAACACGUCGAAGAGGAAGGAAUCCAAACAUUUGUCGUGACUUUCUUCACCUCCUCCCCUUCCUGAGUUAGAAGGAAUGGUUAUUAGAGAACUUCCCUUUGCAGUAGUGCCUAAGUAGACUCUUUCUGAUCACUUUUGGGGAGGGAGUUUUUGUUUCAGAGGUGGAAACAUGAGGUUUCUCCCUUUGUGAAGAGAGUGAGGAAGUGGGCUGGUUCUGAAACCAGAAAGUGGGGCUGGUUUGGGGGGGAGGGUUCAAGACUUUCAUUGUUUAGCAUUGCCUGACUUUGGAGUGCAUUUUAAUUUCUAAAGCACAAUAUAUGCAAUUCUAUUUGUUAAGUCUGUAGCUGCAAUAUGAAUAGAAAAUGUUAUUGCUGUAUAGUAGCAAACAAAGUGGAGGUUUCCAGGUAGA